AUGAAAGAUGUCAAAUCCAGCUCUGAUAGCGAAGCUCACAGAGGAAUCCAAAACCAUAACAAGUAUAAGAUAUUGCUACUCAGUGAUGAUUUUGGACGAAAUAUUGUAUACAUCCUAAGGAAAAUGUUGCCCUUGCAAAACUUUGCCGUCGAAAUGAUCCUCAGUCCAAAUGCUCUUAUAAGUGAUGUAAUCAAGAACGUAGAUGUACUUACAGCCGACUUCAAUGAAAUGGAUUAUGUCAUUAUUCUCGCAGGAUCAAAUGAUGCCCUGUCCAAAGGAUUUAUUAAAGCGAACGAGCUAAAGGACAAACUAGAAGCUGUCACAUCGUACUAA